UUUUUGUGUAUAAAUUUAGUUCUUUUGAACAUCCGUAUUCACAUGAAUCGAACUGUUUGUUACGUUACGGUUACUAGUUAAGCAGUGUGAGAAAUAUGGCGGAUACCGGUGUGGUGAAAACAGAUAUCCGCACUGCGAUAUGGAAUCCUAGAGGCUGGAAAAGUCUUUUGACAUUUUUUAUCCUAGCAUUAGCCUGGCUUGCCGGUUUCAGUUCCAGGCUUUUCUCAGUUAUUCGAUUCGAAAGUAUUAUACAUGAAUUCGAUCCCUGGUUUAAUUACCGGUCAACCCAUUACAUGGUCAGCAAUGGGUUCUACAAUUUUCUUAAUUGGUUUGAUGACCGAGCCUGGUAUCCUUUAGGCAGAAUAGUUGGUGGAACUGUCUACCCAGGACUUAUGGUAACAUCAGGAUCUAUACAUUGGAUUCUUCAUACUCUUAAUAUUCCAGUUCAUAUCCGGGAUAUCUGUGUAUUUUUAGCUCCUGUUUUCAGUGGUCUCACUGCUUUAGCUACAUAUUUCUUUACCAAGGAAAUAUGGAGUUCAGGAGCAGGUCUCUUUGCAGCAUGCUUCAUUGCAAUUGUACCAGGCUACAUCAGUAGGUCUGUUGCUGGUAGCUAUGAUAAUGAAGGCAUUGCCAUAUUUGCUUUGAUGUUCACCUAUUAUACUUGGAUAAAAGCAGUAAAGACAGGAACAGUAUUCUGGGGAGUAUGUACUGCAUUGUCCUACUUCUAUAUGGUAUCAGCUUGGGGUGGGUACGUUUUCAUCAUCAACUUAAUCCCACUUCAUGUCUUUGUGUUAUUGCUGAUGAAACGAUAUUCUAGGCGAAUUUAUAUUGCAUACACGACGUUCUACAUCGUUGGAUUGUUGUUGUCAAUGCAAAUCCCAUUCGUUGGAUUUCAACCUAUUCGUACCAGUGAACAUAUGGCUGCAGCAGGUGUAUUUGCACUACUGAAUGCUUAUGCUGCUCUGAGGUACAUCCAGUCUGUGCUCUCCAAAUCAGAAUUCCGCUACUUCUUCAUCAUUUCAAUCGUAGCUGCAGCUGGUUUGGUCUUUAUCACUGUUGUUGGCCUGACUUGGGCUGGUUUUAUUGCACCAUGGAGUGGAAGGUUCUAUUCUCUUUGGGAUACCGGUUAUGCUAAAAUCCACAUUCCUAUUAUAGCUUCAGUAUCAGAACAUCAACCUACAACUUGGGUUUCUUUUUUCUUUGAUCUUCACAUUUUGGUCUGUGCGUUCCCUGCUGGAGUUUGGUUCUGCAUACGUGAUGUCAAUGAUGAAAGAGUUUUUGUUGUGUUGUAUGCUAUAAGUGCAAGUUACUUUGCUGGUGUGAUGGUGCGACUGAUGUUGACUCUGACACCAAUAGUCUGUGUGUUAGCUGCUAUUGCCUUCUCCAAAACAUUUGAAGUGUAUUCUAAAGAUGACAGCCCAAAAACCAAACAGAAGAAUGAGUCUCAAGAAAACAGAAAUGACCGCCUCUAUGAUAAGGUUGGUAAAGCCAAGAAGAUAAAAGAUGACAAGCCCAAGGAACAAGAAAGCCUUGGCAUUAAUAUCAAAAGUAUCAUAAACAUUGCAGUUGUGAUGAUGUUAAUGCUUUUUGCUGUCCAUUGUACUUGGGUUACAAGUAGUGCGUACUCAAGUCCUAGUAUUGUACUCGCUUCAUUUAACCAUGAUGGGAGCCGCACUAUUUUAGAUGAUUUCCGUGAAGCUUAUUAUUGGCUACGUCAAAAUACACAUGAUAAAGCAAGAAUAAUGUCUUGGUGGGACUACGGUUAUCAGAUUGCUGGAAUGGGAAAUCGGACUACAUUAGUAGAUAAUAAUACUUGGAACAACAGCCAUAUAGCAUUGGUUGGCAAAGCUAUGUCAUCAAAUGAGACAGCAGCGUAUGACAUCAUGCGAUCUUUAGAUGUUAACUAUGUACUUGUGAUAUUCGGUGGUGUCAUAGGUUACUCUGGGGAUGACAUUAAUAAAUUUUUAUGGAUGGUGAGAAUUGCUGAAGGAGAACACCCAAAAGAUAUCAGAGAAUCUGAUUAUUUCACACCACAAGGAGAGUUUCGAGUUGAUGCAGCCGGCUCUUCAACACUUUUGAAUUGCUUAAUGUACAAGCUUUCAUAUUAUCGAUUUGGCCAACUCCAGCUUGAUUUCAGAAAUCCUCCUGGAUUUGAUCGGACUCGGGGAGUAGAAAUUGGAAACAAAGAUUUUGAUCUUAGUCAUCUUGAGGAAGCAUAUACUACUGAACAUUGGUUGGUCAGAAUUUACAAAGUAAGAGAUUUGGAAAAUCGCCAACGGAUUAAAGUUCGGCGGCCUGUGAAGAGACCUACCAAGCGAUACUCAACGAAAACUGCAAGAAGAAAACAAGGCCGAAUCAAGGACAAACCUAGAAUUAAGAAAGGAAUCAAAAAAGCAAGGAAAUUAAAAUAAAAGCUGUAGCUUAAAAGUAGUACAAAUUUGGCCAUUUGUAACAAUACCAUCCAGUUACUGGUAAUAUUCCAAGUCAAGGACAGGCUUUUUAGGCAUUGCUGAAACAGUGACUUUCAGCUUUUUCUCCCACAAAAACCAUCGUUUUUAUUUCCUUCUCAGUUCUUUCCCUUACACAUGAACACACUCACACACACACACACACAUCCACACCCACAUACCACACACACCUUUAUCAAGAGUUGAGUUGAGUCGGGAGUGGUUAUCGGGAAAGUUUGCAAUCUUGCAACUCUACACUUGGAAUUAAUCAAUCGUUUCAAACUCAAAUGCGUGAACAGGGAAUGAUAGUGUGAAUGUGAGUAAAGCUCAUUUAUAUGUACGCGUGUCUAUAAAUAGUAUUAUUGCACGUGUAUAUUCUCUGCGUAUGUAUGCGUGUGUGUGUGUAUAAUGCUCUUGUAUAUUUUACAUAUAUCUAUUAUGCACACUUGGGGGAGUAUGUGUGUAUGUCUGUGUGUGUUUGUAUCUAGAUGUUUUUUGUUAUUCAAUGGAAAAGAAUACAUCAGCAGCAAUCACAUUCUACCAUUCUUCUUUUGCUAAAUAACUGUCUGUUCCUUACAAUGUUUCUUUUUCUUAUUUUGAUAAGAAAAAUAAUAAAAGGGGCUAAAAAAAUACAAAGAUGUAAA